AUGGCUAGGAUGUGGAUUGUUUGUUUUUUAGCAUUUUGUUUAUUUAAAAAUGCUGUUAGUUUCGAGCAUCAUUUUCAGUUUUGUAACAACAACACAAAAGUGCGAAGCUGUACGCCCCAGAUACUAGGAGAGGGUAAUUCGGAUGAUGACAGCUGCAAACUGGAGAUUAUACCACCAAAUAGUUCAGAUUGUGUAGACAGCUUUGGUCCAAUAGAGAAUAAUGCUCAUAUAGGUGGUGUAAGCUUACACCCAUAUAUUCUACCAGUUGAAGUUAAAACCAGCACAGAAUAUCAUAGCAAUAACUAUACUGUGUUGAAUAUCACAUUCAGUAAUAUAAAGUGGAAAACAAUGAAGUUUCGUUUCCAAAAAUACAAUAAGAAAGAGAGUCACUGUAGAAACAUUGUAAUAUCAAAUGAUGUAACCUUUAAUGAUCAGUCAGUGCUAUAUUAUGAUUGUUAUUGGUCAUUGACUGAUGGUGAUUAUAAUGGUCAAAGUCAUAUACUAGAUUUUGAGGCUACAGAUGACUAUGUUGUCAAUAGAGGCAGAUAUUACUUUAACAUUCCAUCGGCGCAAAUGCUAAGUCCAACAAUUAGCGAAAAGGAUUGGAAACCAUUUGUGUAUAUUGAAAUAUUAACACCAACUAUGAACCUGCAUAUAAUUCCACCUCCAGCACAACUAAAAAUACAUUCCUACCAAAUAGAUGUGAUGAAACAAUGUGAUCAUAAGAACCAAUGUGAGGAGUUAGUUAAAACUGCUAUCAUCAAAGUAAAGAAUAGUACAAGAGAAGUGACAUAUACCUAUAGUCUUCUGAAUUCUCCUGGACUUUACUAUUUUAAAGUAACACCUCAGCAUGAAAAGUGCAAAGGACAAAUGUCAGAAUGUCAGUUUGUGGAAAGCCCCAGGAUUACAAUAAAAAGUGAGGUGCAUCAGGCUAUGAACAUCUGCAUAGCAAGCAUCACAGCUCUCAUCCUGGCAACAUUGUUCAUUUAUUACAUAGUUCUACGCGUAAUUCGACGAUACUGGUGCAAGGAAUACGGCCAAGAAAUUCCUCCACCAACAAAGGUUCUGAUAAUAUACCCGACUGCUAGCCGUCUCCACGCAGAAUGCGUAGCUUCCUUUGUCACCUACCUUCGUGCGGAAUACGGAUUCGAUAUUAUGUACGAUGGCGACAUUUCUACCACGUCCCACGGAGACCCCUACAUAUGGGCAGAAGAGGCUUUCAAACUCGCUUCUCACAUUGUCUACGUAGUUGGACCGGCUGAAGAUACAAAUCUCUACAACAAUAUAUACGACAAACCGAUCAUAACCGCCCACAAAGUCGACAUUCUCCUUCUAUCUCUCCUCCGGUCCUCAAAAACGUCAAAACUCAAAAAAUAUGUCGUGAACGUAUUCUUCGAACACUCGGAUGGCGAUAUACCAGUCGAAACGAGAAACGAUAGAGUUUUCUUCCUAAUAAAGGAUUGGCAAAAGUUUAUUGCGUAUUUAUCGAGGAAUUUGUUGCCGAGGAAACAACUCAUGCGAACGGAGAAGGGUAAGUGCUUUUUGGACGAUUUGUCUAGGGCUAAGAAGUUGCUGAGCAACAGUCGUGACGAUCACAUUAUAAAGUUCGAUAAGAAUUGCGUUGAGAAGAAAGUUGUGCUGUGA